UCGGUGUUGGGCGAACCGUUUUAUCCGCGCGGAUUCUGGGCACGUGGUUUUGAUACGAGCACGUGUGUGUGUGUGUGUUUCCCUGGAUCACCUGUGUUGUUUCAGUUGACGUGCAUCUUCCUGUGACGCACACCUGUUGCAUUCGUGUCCGUUUGGCUCAGGUGCAGUUGAAAAACAUCAAAAUGAAGGUGGAUACCAACGUGAGCACCAGCCAGAUGGAGCAGAACUGGACCCGCUACAUGGUGAUGUGCGAUCGGAAGGAUAUCCGGCAAACGGUCAACUUCCAGGAGGAGAACGAAGUGCAAGCCACGUUGGUCGGUAACAAGGCGCUGGCCAAGCAGUACGAGAUACAGAAUCCGGUCGACCGGGGUACGCAGAGCACGAGAUGGAUACUGAACACGCCCGUCUGGACGGUGCACAACCGGCUGGUACACACCGGCAUUACCCAUGUGGAGGGCGGUUGGCCCAAAGAUAUCGACUGCUGGCGUGACGAGGAGCUGAUGACGCGCUAUCGCCGAAAGCAGGAGAAAAGUGAAGCCUACGUACAGCAGAUGCGAGGCCUUACCAGGACGAUAGAUCACGCGAUAAUGCAGAACAAUGCGUGCAACAUCUACCAGAACUACUUCGAAGACAUUGAGCAGCAUGAGCUGAUCGAACAGUUUACGUCGAAAACGGUACACGUGUACAAGGACUACCUGGAGGAGAAGCGCUCCUGCACGUACAUCUGCUGGUCCGAUGAAGGAAAUCAUUUCGCCUCGGCACACUGCAACAUUGGCCAGCGCCGUGGAACCACUACCGAUUGCUACAUCUGGGACAUUGAGCAUCCCAACAGUCCGCUGCAGAAGCUGUUUCCCCCGUACCAGACGCGCUGUUUGGAGUACAACUUUAAGGACCCUAGCCAGAUGGCGGGUGGUUUGUUUUCCGGGCAGGUGGCAAUCUGGGAUAUACGGGCGUCCGGGACACCGGUGGAAACGACGCAGCGCGAAGCAAGCCACAACGACGUGGUCACCCGCGUACUGUGGACCAGCUCGAAGACCACGAACGAGUUUCUUUCCGGCUCGACCGACGGGCGCAUCCUGUGGUGGGAUUUGCGCAAUCUAACCGAACCGUACGACUACCUUAACCUCGCACCGAAGGACGUUAAGUCGCGGGAGGAGGAUCCGCGCCACUGCUUCGGCGUGUGCUCGGUAGAGUUUGAACCGACCAUGCCGAACAAGUACACGGUCGGUACGGAGAAUGGGAUGAUUUACAGCUGCAGCCGGAAGUACAAAACGCCGGCGGAUAAGAUACAGUCCACGAUCUAUGCACACACCGGCCCGAUCUACUCGGUGGAGCGGAAUCCACUGUUUAUCAAGAACUACAUCAGCGUGGGCGAUUGGCAGACGAAGAUCUGGACGGAGGAUUGCAAGGAUAACCCGAUCGUAUGGACGAAGGAGUACGCGGUACAGCUGACGUGUGGCAUCUGGAGCCCGACCCGCUGCUCGCUGGUGUUUAUCUGCCGCAUGGACGGGGUGAUGGACGCGUGGGACGUGAUCCAUCGGUUGGACGGGCCGGUGCUGCGGUUGAAGCUGUCCGACGCACCGCUUUGGUCCGUGCGCGUUCACAAGGCCGGCAAGCUGAUCGCGAACGGCACGGACAGUGGGACCAUCUACCUGACCGAAAUCUCCGACAACCUAACGUUCAGCUCGGCAAACGACAAACCGGCACUGUCCGGGAUGCUGGAGCGUGAGAUGCGCCGCCAGCGUCUGCUCGAGGCGAAGAUCAAGGAGAUCAAGCUGAAGGAGAAGGAGCUCGAGCGGGAGCGCAUGCGACGCCAGAUGCGCAUGGACAACGCGAACUCGAUCGAGGAGGAGGAAAAGGAUCUCGUGACGGACGCGAUGCACCAGUUCUGGACGAAGAUCCACGGCCGGAAGAGCCUGAAGAACACGCUCAAGGGCAUCCGGAUGCGGGAUACGGGCGUGGGCCUGCUCGCCAAGGACAAGAAAGCGAAAAAGGAAAAGCGCUAACGCGGCACCAAACGAUCGCCAGCUUGUGUGUUUUUUUUCUUCACUGUUUUAUUGUACGAAAAUUUGAACAUUUGAACUUCGGCACGCAAAGCACAACACAACCGAAACGGGAAAAUACAAACGACUACCGACCGUAUAUAUGUAUCUGUAAGUGUGUAUAUUAGAAGGAGUACAAACAAUCGGCUGCGCCCUGAGCCAUUUGCCCAGCGCGAGGAUCCUAUGAAGUUAAAGUGAACGAUAUAAAGAUUGCUUUUCUUUUUCACGUGGUAAGUGUGUCGCCUUCGUUAACGUUAAUUCAGUUGGUCAAUAGAGUAAGGAGUUCUUGGUAUAUAUGUAUGCAAUAUAAUAUGGCUUCUUUUUAAGUAACUUCAUGAAUAAUUGAGAUACAAAACAGGAAAGGGCGCUACGCCGAGACUAGUUGCGGUACUGGUAGGAUUAUGUGUUUGUUUUUCUGCUUAGACAACUAUAUCGAGAGCAUUUGCCAACGAAACGCGUACACAGCGUGCGUGUGUGUGCGUUGUUCGCGUUGUUUCUUAUAGCUGCCAGUAGGAUACUAAUACAUUGUAAUCUUAUCAUCAAAACCUAUUCUCCUUCCGGUGUUUUAGGAUUUUGUUUUUCGUCUAACGACCGGUGUGCAUAGCACCACGGCACCCGUCAGCACAUCGUCGUCGUCGUCAUUUCAUUUAGCUAAGUGUAAGUAGAAAGUACAUUGCGGAAACUACCAAAACGACAACCCUUAUAAAAAAACAUCGUGCCCCUGCAAUCGAAUCGUCGUCUCGCGUGUUUUGCAAACCACGUUUUAUCAGUACACCGAUCGCACGAAUCGGAUCGAACGUCGAGUUGUUUAUGAUUUGUGUGUUUGUUAUGCUUGUUUGGUUUAGUUUCACAUAAUAUUAGAUAUUCUCACUCAUUAGGAUGCAGCUAGUGUCCCUAGGCGAACGAAGCUUGUUUCGAUUUUUAAAGUGUAUAACACCAGUAAUUGACAAUAAAGAGGAUUGGUUUUUGGUUUUGUUUUAAAGAUGUUUACACAAGUAUGUUCACUGCCGAAAGGAUCGUGAGAUCGUGCCCCAUUUACCUUCUCAAUCCUUGCUUUUGCGUCAUGUUUGUUCUGCAGAUCGCAUGCGGGACAUACAGCAGUGUCGGACAAAACACUAUAACAACCCAGGGUUUAUGGGUAGACGCGCCGAGAACUACAGGCUCUGACUGUGAUCCUCACUCGCACAUUGAAGAUCUUUUCUCUAAAAAAAAAAAAAAAAAAAAACAA